CGAUCGCCGCUCCUUCCUUCUUUGUCUUUGAUCAGCCCCACGACUACCGUCACACAACGGCUAUUCUCGCCGCUGCAUCCCUCGCCAGCCAGCGUCACACAUCGCCGUGCUGGUGUGUCCACUGCUGACGUCUGGCCUUUGGACUUGCCGAUCCCGAAGCCUUCACCACUGCCAUCAUGAAGCUCAACGCUCGCAGAGAACUUGAGCAUGUUCUCUUCAAGCGUUGCGUUGAGUGCGACACCAACGGCAAAAAUCUGUCUUGCGAUGGCAUGAACUGCUCCGGGGGAAAGGUCUGCAUAUUGACACCACAGAGCUGCGGCGCCUGUGCUGAGGUCACCUGCGAUAUUGAUCCCACGGAGCCACUGAGCAGACCCAGCAAGCCAAAUGCUGGCGCCAUUGCCGGAGGUGUCAUUGCCGGUAUCGUUGUCAUCGCCAUCAUCGUUUUCGUCGUCUGGAAGUACUACUUGAAGGGGAAGAGGCGGCCGAUAUCUGAGAUGGAGUGGCAUGAGGAAGAGGAGAUGGAGCAACAAGAGAAGACAGACAACGACUUUGCAUCGCGGCGAAGCGCACGAGCAUCUACACACACAGUCGCCUCGAUGGCCUCAUCGGUCCUUACUCGCGCCUCCAACAUCAUCCAGAUCGCCUACAUCCCCGGUGUCACGAACCGCUCUGGACCCGGAUCACCCGACCUUCUCGUCCCUCCCGUCCCGCCGGUCCCUGCCAUGUCUCCUUCUUCUGCUAUGAGCAGCCCUUACUCCAACGCCGACCGACACUUCUUCGUUCCCGACUUCCGCGACUCCAUGGCAUCGGACAGCACACGCCAGAGCAUUGCGCCCAGUCUCGCUCGUAACAGUGUUGCUUCGACCAUGUAUCGCCAAAACGCUAUCGUAUCUCCUCUGCCGGCUCAGACGAUCGUGCGCGGAAAGGCUGCUGUUGUCAGUGUCAAAUCGAACGGUUCCAACACGCCCGACGACGCAGUGAGCAUGAUGAGCACGCCACCAGUACCACAGGUCGAUCCCAGGCACGCGCAGCAGGUCAAGCCAGUCCGCAUCCAGAUGCCUGGUCUUAGCUCUAAGAGCUCUGUGCAGAGCACAGCAACACUGGGACCGGUUCGCGCGUUGAAUAUAACAAAGAAGAAGAGCUCUGACACAGCAACACCAAAAAGUUCGUCGAGCUCUUUCACGAGCGGCGAAAGGACAGCAGUAGCGACCCCUGAGGCUCUUGUGCCUCCUGCACGGCCGCUUACGAACUACUCUGUUGCAUCCACCGAUUCAGGUGUCUCGCACGCACGCGCCCGUCAGGCUGUCAGCUUAGCAGACUCAGACUCAGAAUCCGAUGAGGAGGAGGAGCAGGAUCACCAGCGCUCCCGUCAGAGCUUAAUGCGCAACUCCUUGAGCUCGCGCGACUCUGGUGUAACGGAGAUUCAGGAUGCCACACCCACAGGCCUCGUCGAUCUUCGCAGCCCAUUCAACGAUAGCUUGGCGGUCGACCGAUCAGACCGUCCAGCGAUAGGGUCACGCAUCACAUCUUACGACACUGAUCGUUCGCGCAUGCCGAUGACACCCAUUGUCGAAGAGUCAGAGCGACGCGUGAGCGCCAUGUCGAAGCGAGAUCAGAGCCCGUUUGCAGACGAAUUCAGAAGUGAUCUGAAGUAGACGCUGCUCGAGGACAAUUGGAUGGUUUAGUUGGUUAUUCGCAAGGCGUUUGGUGCAUAGCCCCCAAGUCUAGCCGACUGGGCGAGCAAUUUGUUUAUGAUUCUGUUUAAAAGGUAUUAAGGUUGACCUAGCCAGCUACGGCAUUUUUCUCUUCUCUGCGCACUUCACUUCUAUGGAUAUGGGAUACCUUUGAUAUGUGCGAUGAUCAGCACCUUUAGCUUCAAUGUAUGUAUGUAUUGACUCUUAUGA